AAAAUUCAUGUCGCCAAAAACGCCGGCGUGGCCGCUUUCAGGCUUCUCUCUGCUAUGUACCCAACUUGCCCAGAGCCAUCUAUUGAAUUUAAUUUAAUUGAACCCCCUGACGAACGUGACGCGUCCUGUGUGCAACCGGCUAUAGAAUAGAUAGGACUCAAAUUAUAAUGAAGUAAAUAAAAAUAUAGUACAAAUGUGAGUGAAGUGUUGUUUAAAUAUAUAGUGUUGUUUAAAAUAUAUAAAAAUGGAUCUACUGUAUACAGUUAACAGAAGGACCUCCUCUAAGUUUUUUUCUAAUCAAGAAUGUUUAUAUGAUGGACAAUCCUUAUGUUCUUUAUCCAGUCGAAAUAUAGCAGCAUUUACUACAAUGACAGAAUUGGAUGACAAUAGUGGCAAGACACGAGGUUGUCAUGUUUAUGUAACAGAUAUGAAUAUGCCAUGGCAUGCUCAUAAAAUUCUUUCAAAUCGACACAAUAUUACUGCAUUAGAAUGGGAUCUUCCUGGUGAUAAAUUAGUAGUGGCAGAUGUAGCUGGAAAUGUACAGCUAUGGAUGUUGAAGGAUCAUGUGUUAAAUGAUUGGAUUUUAAUAGGUUCUACAUGCUUUCCUGGUGAACAUAUAUUAGGCGUAGCUUGGUUUCAUAAUGGCAAAAAGACAGGAUUAGUAACAGAGAAAAAGGAUAGUAUUCAUUAUAAUGAGAAAUUUAACCAUCUCCUGUUUGCUCCUUCGGUGAGGCAAUUUGGUGGCAGAGCAGCUGAAGGUGUUUUAGUAGUGUCGACAACGGGUAUGGUUGGUGCAGUCAUGAUCACGAAGGAUUUGCAAGUGCCAAUUUGCUAUUCAACAGAAAGUCUUGGUAGCACAAGGCAUAGAAUAACUGCGGUUGAUUUGUGUUAUGGAAAAAAUGGUCACUUCCUUGUUGCGGUUAGCAGUGGUAAUAUUUGUUUGCCAAUAAGAUGUUACAGGGUACUAGUGCGUAGAAAUGAUGAUAAAUGCACUAUCACUUCGCAGGCUUUACCAAGUUUCUUUCUGCAGGAUGGAGCACCCAAGGACAAUUCAUGUACAAUUGUAACACACCUAAAAUUUGUAGUCAGGGAAGAUGCAGAUUCUCUUGUUAUCGCGGCAAAUAGCGAAAAUGGCGGAUUUAUAGAGGUAUGGGAGUUGCGUGAAAAGUCACAACCUGUUCAUAAACUUUUUCAACCAAAGAGUUUGGAACCUUUCAAGACAGUUGUUUGGCAAUAUCAAUCACAAUAUCGCUGUCAAUCACCAGUAACGGCGAUAGCGACUACGAAACUAUCUAUAGUGACAACAUUACCACCUCCAAGCUAUAUAAUAAUAGCAUUAGCGGACUCUUCGGUACAUUGCUUAAAUCGCUUGGACUGUCUGAAAGAAGUGACAUUUUCGUCUUUAAAUAUGGGUUGGCGUCAAGAUGAACCUAAUAGCAAAUAUUUUAAAAGUUCAAUAUCUAUUUCCCAUAUGGAUCUUUCAUGGUUAGGAUGUGUACUUCUUGCAUGUGAUACUCAUGGCAAUCUGUAUCUCUAUAAAUUAUUGCCAGAUGGUACUACAGGUACAUCGAUGACAUUAAGUUAUGCCUGUACAUUAUUAGAAUAUUGUUUGGUGACAGGGUUGGAUUGGCUAGACAUACUUUUAUGUUUGAGGUCAUCUAUGGUUGAAACAUUAUGCGAGCGAUUAGAUGUUUCUUUUAACAGGCAACCACAGCCUACACAACAGUAUCACUAUGUUCAAUUUUUGUGUAUCAAGACGUCGUUAUACAGAAUGCUCGUGUCGGGACAGAGUAAAGCAGGGGAUUUAUCGUCAUUAUUAAUGAUACACUCAGUAGCUACAGCCUUCAAGUCUCUAUUGAGACCAUCGGAUAUGAUAUCUCAUGACAAAGGACCAGCAGAGAGCUUAACCGCGGUAAUAAUAACAGACGUCAUUACUGAUGUUGAUAAGGUGCUAUUACAUCUUGAUCCGAAAGAAUUUACAGUAGAACCAAGUACGUUGCAAUCGUUACAACAACUCAUUCAAUGGGUUGCUGAUUUGGCUCUGAAUGUAUUGGCUAGAUUACCUGAACAAAGGAUGCAGAUAAAGACUGGUGGUUAUGAACUUCUUAAAGAUCACAAGGCUUUGAACACUGUUCGGGAACUGCUAGUCAUGAUACGUAUCUGGGGAUUACUUCGCCCAUUAUGUCUUCCAGUAUUUCUACGCAGUGCAGACAGUCUAGAUGGUCUUGCCUUGCUAUUCCGCUUAUUGUCAAAAUUAGUGCAACCUGCUGGAGAUACACAACAGCAACAGCAAGUGGAUGAUGGUUUAAUUGAUGAUUGUUGCUUAUUGCCAAAUCAAAUCAUGAUUCCGCAAUUAUAUCAAGGUAAUAGCAUAACUGCUAUAGUUUCACCAGUUUUGUUUUAUCAGAAUCUUCCACUACAGUUGGAGUAUGGAGUGGAACCAGAACAACUACUUUUCACACCCGAAAUGAAUCCCGUUGAAGGCUGUAUGUAUAGUGGCCAGAUUGUAGAUACUAUUCGACAUUUGUACCUGGGGAAACAGCCACUUUUAGUAAAGCAAUGUACGAGAUGUGGCGGUAAAGCACAAGUACAGAAUAUGACAAGGACAGCUGCAGUUAGAGCUUGGGAUCAAAGAUGGACGCGAGCUUGUCGUUGUGGUGGUACUUGGCGAAUUCACAAAGCCUGUUAGAUAAUUAUUUGAGAAUUAUUUGAAACAUUAUAAAAUAAAUUUCUCGAACAUCUAAGUACGGGCAAUGAUAUAUCGGGAUGAUAUAUUCUGUCCGUCAUGCAAAACUUAAAUUAACUGAACUUAAAUUAACUAUCUGAAUUUUUGAGAAAUAGUUGAUUUAUCUUAUUACUUUUCUUGUAACAUUUGAAAUAAUUAAGGAGACUUCUUAAUUAUUGAUUAUAAUUAUCUUAUUAUUACUUUAUCAUAUUUAUCUAGCAUCAUUAAUGAAAGUAAUACGAUCUAGUUUUUGACACGAAACAAAAUGAAAAAGAAGUGAAAAUAAAAAAUAUGAAAAAUAUAGGAACGAUGUGCAGG